AUGCGACAGUCCUCCUCUGGAUGGAUGGUGGACGGAACCGCCGUCUCACCCGACAUCGACGAGGCCACGCUGAAGGGGUACCCGGAGGUGGUGUACGGCGAGGCGAGGAAACAGGGGAAGAACAAGAAGCUGGGCGCCUCCACGACGUGCACGUGCUGCUCCGUGUGCCUGGACAACUAUGACGAGGGCGACGUGCUCCAGGUGCUCCCGGACUGCGGCCACCUAUUCCACCGGGAGUGCGUCGACCCCUGGCUUCGGCGGCACCCGACGUGCCCCGUCUGCCGCACCUCGCCGCUGCCCAACCCCAUGCCCUCAGAUUUCAUGGCCAGAGGUAGUACAACUACCCCACAUCGAGCAGAGAUUCGGUUGGGAGCUCAAGCACGAGUACAAUGGCAGCAACUUGCUUAG